AUGGAAAACCAAGCAUCUCCUUGGUCAUCACCUACACGCGCACCAUUUCAAGAAGUCAAUCAGUGCUACAUGGCCCCUGACUCGCCUGUCGAAAAGCAGCAGCAUUUCAGCUCGGAUGACUUGGUUGACACGUCUCGAUUGAAUCCCAACGAUGAAGAGAAUUAUGAAGAGGAGCAACAGCGUGUGGAUGUGGUCUUCCAGCAACGACCCACUAAACAACCCAUUAUUUUGUUGGGUGGUACUGAACCUAUUACGAUUGGACGAGGUAGCGACGCAACCAUCAAAAUCGGCAAGCGUAACCGCCAAAUUAGUCGUAUCCAUGCCCGUAUCGAAUUCAAAUCUGAUAUCAAUCGCUAUGAAUUCAUCGUUGUUGGUUUGAAUGGUGCCAUGGUCGACAAUGUCAUCUACCGUCAGCAUGAACGUAUCGAACUUGAAGAUGGUGCUAAUAUCAACAUUCUCGGCUCCAAAAUCACCUUUAUGUAUCCUGAUUUGGGUAUGCUUUUCCCAGACAACAACAACAACAACAACAACAAGGAAUUGCACCAUCAGCAACGUCCUUUGUCACCACCACCAUUCGAAGAAAAAGAGCAUGUCGUGGAGCAAAAGCCCGUGAUGGAUGAUGAUGUGAAGGAGGAAGAAGCUGUGUCCACCAACAAGAACGAGAACAUUGAAUCAACAGAAGACGUUGUUGCAUGUGAACAAAAGGAUGUGGAUAUUGUCAAUACAACGCCUCCACCACAACUACCAGCAUCAUCACCUGUGGAUGUCGAUAUGAAAAAGGAAGAACAAGAAGAAGAGGAGAAGCCACAGUUGAAUGAGAAGCGCAAGGUUGAACAAGUGGAUAUUGAAGAGAACAAGGAGAAUGAGGAGAACAAUGAAAAUGAUGGCAUUGACUUUGCCGAGAUUAUUAUUGAUGCUUUGGUAUUCUCGCGUAAAUCCUCGAUGCCUAUCAGUGACAUUUGCUCGCGUAUCAUGAGUACACAUCCCAUGUAUCGAUCACAACCUCGUGAGAUGUGGAAGGAACGUAUACAAAAGGUGUUGAAGGAGAAGCCUUUCUUUGGUGAAAUUGUGCGCAAGGGCAAAACAGCUGAUGGAUCACCCAAAGAAAACCUAUACUACUACAACAGUGAAGCUGAUCCUGUCGAAUGGCGACGAGCCGAGUACACGCAUGUGGGUCGUAGUGCACGUAAAUGCACACUUCAGGACAAGCAAUACUUUUGGAAGAUCCCACCCAAGCUUGGUCGCAAUCGUCAUUCCUACGUGCCACCUCCAUCCAAAGCUUAUGAGCAAGAAAAAAGAGAGGCUAAAAAGCAAAAGACCCCAAUGGCUGCUUUAACCAACAAAACGAAUGCGUAA